AUGAGCCUCGAAACCCUUCUCGGCCCGGCCGUGGCCAAAAUGGAGGAAGCUUUUGCCGAGCAGGACGAAGAGGGGUACAUUCAGUUUUAUUCGCCGACGGCUUGCUGGGUGGAGGUGGAGGAAAAGAAGGUGCAUAAUGGGCCCGAAGAGAUUCGUGCGCUAUUCCGCAGCUGGUGCACCGUGGGAAAGUGGACGACCGAGGUGACUAACCGUCAAUUCAGCGGUGGUGAUGACCUGAUUUGUCACACAUGCACCUACAGGAUGUUUUUCGCUAAUGGGGGAGCUUUCAAAGGACAUAGCCUUCAGUAUUGGCGCCGAAACGCAGAUGCGGAGUAUCAGAUCGAGGUCGAGCACUCGGUGACUGUG